ACAGACGAACUCAAAGACAAUGGCUACUCGAACACAACGUACGGGAAGCAUAAGUUCCAAGCUUCACAGCAUAUUCUCCAGGAAAACAGAAACGGAAGAAAUGAAAUCUCGUUACGAAUUGAUGGGUGCAUUUGCCAGGAUCGAAAAAAAUCCAUCUUCUAGAGACAAGAUUGUUUCCUCUUGGAAAGAGGCGAAGAUAGUACUGGAGGAAGAGCUCAGCUUUCCAUCCACAAUUGUUCCUUCUGAAGUUAACAAUUCCGAUCAGGACUUUGCUUCCUUGCAAAAACAACCUCUAUCAUCUACCGCAGAGAAACAUGCAAACAUGCUAGAAUCAGAUUUGAAAAAUGUCCAGGAGGGUUUCUCUGCAUUAUGGCUGUCUAGUACGAAAUGGAAACAAAUUAAAUCAUAUCCAGAUCAAAAAAGGUUACUCGAGACGGCGAAGAAAGGAGAUACGACAGAAGAUGCCGAAGAUUUAGUCACUUCCAUAGAAAGAGAAUCUAUCGAGAAAGCUGAUCUGUACUUUAAUGCACGAAUCCCAAAUGCCGAGGCACUGUACAAACACGUGCAAAGAAGAGAUGAUAGAAUAACAGAGCUUGAGGAGCGAAUGAAAGCAAAGGAAGCAGAAGAGCGGGCUUCAUCUUUGAUGCAGACACUGAAUGACGACGAUCGACAGAUUGUGGAAGAUGCUAUUCACGGACAUGGCGGUGACGACCAAAUCAUCGCUCAAGUCGGGGCAGACUCCGUUCGAAGAGCAUCAAUGAGAACACUGAAGCCUGGAAUGUGGCUAAACGACGAAAUCAUUCAUUACUUUUAUUUGAUGUUGGCGAAGCGAGACGAGGGGCUAUGGAAGAACGAUCCCUCUCUUAAACGAUCGCAUUUUUUUAAGUCAUUUUUCAUAACCAAGCUUUUGAACGAAGGCAGUGCCAUCUGCGACGGGAAGUAUGAGUACCGCAAUGUAAAACGAUGGUCGAAAAAAGUCCCAGGGAAAGACAUUUUUAACCUUGACAAAAUUCUUUUCCCGAUCAACAUGGGUAAUAUGCACUGGAUCUGUGCAGCAAUAUUUAUGAAGAAGAAACGAAUAGAAAUUUUCGAUAGCAUGGGGUCUAGUGGAAAUAGGUAUCUCAAUGCCCUUUUCAAGUACAUCCAAGACGAGCAUAUGGACAAGAAGAAAACCCCCCUUCCUGAUGCAGAUGCGUGGGAACUUGUACCAACUCAGGGGGACACGCCACGUCAAAGAAAUGGUAUGUUUUUCGAUAUGCAUCUCGGAUUUUGAUUAUUUGUUUGUUGAAACGGAAAAUCAACCGUUCACGUGGUUGAAAUUCACGCUCACCGGCUACUUUUUCUAAUGUUCCUCUGCAAUCAUAGGGCAUGACUGUGGUGUAUUUACAUGCAUGUUUGCAGACUUUUUGUCUAAAAAUACUGCACUGGUAUUCAAUCAAGACCACAUCAAUCAAUGUAGAGAACGAAUUGCUUUAUCAAUUAUGAAAGGCGAGGCAAUCAUGUGAUCGACAAACGAGCUGAUCAUUUUGUCGGUACCAAAAGCUCAGCGAAGGGGCAGAAACAUGUCAAUACAAAAGCGUGCAAUAU